CGCCACCUAAACAACUCAGGUCUCAUAGGAAACCUUUUUCUUUUCUUCUGUUUUUAUCAUUAUCAAAGCUGCACAGUGAUAUCCAACUUGCACCGCCUCCUAAUUUGGUAGUGAGUUUUGUUGGUCGCAAUCUCUAGAUCUAUAGUGCCUCUCAAUUCUCUGAUAAAUUUUCUGGUCUUUUUCGGCAAGGAUUGUGGUCUCUAUGAAGGCUAAAGACAGAAGAAAGUUCAGAGAGGUAAAAACAAAGCAAUGAAAUAGAGGGAUAAAAAGUUCUCAAUUUGCAUGUCAAAUCUGCUAUUCCACCAAAGAAUUGUGAUGAUGUGGAAAGAGAUAGUGAAAAGAGUUCGUGUUGGUUUUGAUCGGAGUUGGUCCUAAUUUUUUCUAAGUCGGCGGAGAUGGGUGUUGUUCAUGGUGGUUUUCUCGGUUGUCAAGAGAGAGUUGGUGUAGCUGGGAUGCAUUCCGUGUAUUCAGAAAACACUGAAAUAGGGCAGGUAUUUUAGGAAUAAUGGCGGGUGGAAAAAUAAGACUGUAUUUUUAAAAUUUAUGUUGUGGGUGGAAAGAGAAGGUGGGUAUUUUAGGAAAUAUCAGCACUCCUUUUUUAUUUUCCCCUUUCUUGUCGUCCUCUGUUUUACCAAACACCUCAUCUUUGAAUUUUUUAAAAAGAACCGCAAUACCAAACCCACCCUUAAACCCUAGAAUCUUAACCCUGUUGCCCAAUCCUUAAACCCCGCCAGAAUACAGCAAGAAAAAAACGAGAGAAAAAAAAACCUUAAACCCCCAUAAACCUUCCGUACAACUCCUCCCCUCUCUUAUGCAACGCAUUAAACUCAAGCAGCUCAGGGUCUCCGCCGAAGCAUCCUCACCUACCCAAAACCAAGCCACAAGCAUUGCAAGUCUGCAAUAGAAUUGGGUUGUUUGUUUAAAUUGGACUGAUUUUGUUGGAGAGAAGUUUCUGUUUUGUUCUUAAUAUGGGAAAACAAUCAGUUCAGAACCCAACAGGAUUUGGGAAACGCAAAAUACCCAACAAGUUCAACACAGGCAGGAAAACUCGUCGUCUUGAGGAAGAAAAUGUUGCACAUCGCCCCUCCUCUACUUCCUCAGGGGAACUACCAAAGGAAGAAUCUAAUGGUGUGUCCUCUGAAGACGAAAUGGUUUAUAAAGAGCCAUCCAUGUAUGAUAAAUUGUUAAUGACGCUGGGGUCAUCUAGUAAAUCUGUUGCCGCUGCAUAUAAACAAAGAAAAAGACAAGAAGAAGGUUUAAGUGACUCAGAAAAGGAUGAAGAUGAUGGGACUGAAUCUUCUAGUGACUCAGAUGAAGAGGAUGAUAGUGAAGAAGGAGUUGAUGAUGAAUUUCCUAUGAAAGGAAAACCCAAAGACCCUGAAAUAGCUGGUAUUGAGGAACAGAGUGAAGAUGCUGAAACUGAGGAUGAUCUGGAGACCUCUGACUUGGAUGACCAGGAGAGCUAUGACUCGGGUGUACAUGACCUGGGAAUCAGUCGUCCAUCUGCUGUUGAAUCAUCAAUGUGCUUGAGUUCCUUUGAUGUACACUUUGGGCACAAGUUAACAAAAGCAGAUGUUGAAAAUCUGUCAAAAAAGAAAUGGAAAUAUGAGUGGGAGGUGCCUGCUGUUGGGAUGUCAAAGGGCAAGUGGGCUGGAACAGGAGAGUGUUUCAUAAAAGAUGACAACCCCAAUUCUGGUUGUGGUCUGAAGCCAAAGUUGUACAAGCACUGGUUGGAUGCAUAUAACACAUCUGGAGGCAAUAAUUUUCAUUCAUCUAGACAAAGAUUAUUCUUCUCCCUCUUCAACAGCUAUCGGGAUAUAUUGCAUUGCAACAAAAAACCCUUUUAUCAUAGAGGCUCUGAUGAAGACUCGAGUGCCAUGGAUGCAUAUAUUAUGCAUUGUCUGAAUCAUGUCUUCAGAACUAGAGAUCUUGUAACGAAGAAUGAUGCAAAGGCGUCCAAGCGUCAAGAAACUGAUAAUAAUGAAAUUCUUGCUGAUGAUAAUUUCCUUGAUCGUGGAUUUACUCGUCCUAAGGUUUUGAUCAUAUUGCCAAUUGCGAGCAUUGCACUUCGUGUUGUUAAGAGGCUAAUACAGCUUACUCCUUCAGCUCACAAGGUUAAUGUGGAGCACAUGGAUCGAUUUUCUAGAGAGUUCGGAACUGAAGAGGAUCAUGAUAAUGAGGACGAAAAAGAAAUUCCCCCAGGUGACCAUGACUACGGAAAUGGAAAACCUCUUAAGUCUACGAAACCUGGUGACUUUCAAGUACUUUUUGGUGGAAAUAGCAAGGAUGACUUCAUGGUUGGCAUCAAGUUCACAAAGAGGAGCAUAAAGUUGUACAGUGAUUUCUAUACCUCAGAUAUGAUAGUUGCCUCUUCAGUUGGUUUGUUGAAGAAAAUUGAUGAGGCUAAAGUAAAUAAGGAAAAGGAUGUCGACUAUCUUUCUUCCAUAGAGGUUCUAAUUGUUGAUCAUGCAGAUGUUAUAACAAUGCAGAACUGGAACUUUUUAAAGUCAGUUGUUGAACAAUUGAACCACAUACCCUCUAAGCAGCACGGAACUGAUGUCAUGCGUAUAAGACAGUGGUACCUGGAUGGAUAUGCAUCCUUCUAUAGGCAAACGAUACUUUUGAGUUAUUAUUCAACCCCAGAUAUAAACAGUUUGUUCAACAAGAACUGCAAUAAUUACCAUGGGAAGGUGAAGUUGGUGCAUGAGCAUAAAGGAGUUCUUCCUAAAGUUGUACUUCAAGUCCGCCAGAUUUAUCAGCGGUUUGAUGCAGAUUCAAUAGAGCAUUUAGAUGAUGCUCGUUUUGAAUAUUUUACUACGAAGGUUUUCCCAAAAAUAAAAGAUUCUAUUGAGGGUGGGAUUAUGAUAUUUAUCAGUUCUUACUUGGAAUAUGUUCGAGUUCGGAAUUUUUUGAAGUCACAGAGUGCAUCCUUCUGUUUGCUUCAUGAAUAUGCAGAACAAAGUGAUAUUUCUCGUGCACGGGUUCGGUUUUUUGAAGGAAAGCGGAAGAUCAUGCUUUACACUGAGAGAUCACAUUUUUACCACAGAUAUAAGAUUCGUGGAAUUCAGAAUUUAAUCAUCUAUUCACUGCCAGAGAGAAAGGAAUUUUACCCUGAGGUUGUUAAUAUGCUUGAUGGGUCCCAUGACAUGGCAUGCACAGUGCUCUUUUCUCAUUUUGAUCUCCUUCGGCUUGAGAGAAUUGUGGGAAUGGCUCCAGCAAAGAGAAUGGUGACAUCAAAAAUGAGUAUGUUUUCUUUCUCUUGAAGACUUUGGUGAGCUCAAGAAGCCCUUAGAAAUUCAGAAUAUCAGGCACUUACGGCACCGCAAUGGUAGCUAUUCUGUCGUAUUCCAAACCUUCCUUCAUAAGAUACGAGCAAAGGAAGUCUUGAUUUUGGAUGUAAGCAUGGGGGUUCAGAAAGGAUGUUCAAAGAAAUAAUGCAUUGUAAUUUAACUUUGUAUUCUUGACUUAUUUUUUUUAAGCAACGGGACAGGUUUGAUAUGUGUAGGUGGUUGUACAUGUAUCAUUUUUUAUAGUGAGCAAAUGCCAAUUGACAAUUUUUUUGAAUU